AUGUCUGAGCCAUCUGUGCACACAGAUGGCUCUAAAAGCACAGUGAACAUGUGGAGGAACAGCCAGGACCCAGUGGACCUCUCUGAUACCCUUCUCAUCGACACCUCAGAGCCAGAGCCACCUCCCAUACCACCACAUCCCGAUCUCAUUGAUUCGCACAAUGGAUCCCUUGCUGAGGUUGUGGCUGAGAGAGAGUCCCUGAUUGAUGCCCUUCAUGGAGAACUGGAAGCCAUGCGAGCAGAAGUACAAAGAGCUAGGUCCCAAGCCACCCACAAUGAAGAACAACUGAGACUGCGAAUUAAUGAUCUGGAGUCAACUAUUGCAGAACUUGACAGUGAAUUGUUAGCAGAGAGACAAAGCAGAGAAUCAAUCCUAGCUCAGGUAGAAGCUGCUGCUGCCAGUGCUGAAGCAGUCACUCGUCUGGCUACAGAGGAAACCAGGAGGAGAACAGCAGAAGAGAAGUUUGUAAAAAUGAAGGAUGUUUAUCAAAAAUUACGUGAUGAGCACAUCAAUCUUAUCAGGAGUCCAAAAGAGAUUUGGUUAAAACUAGCUGAUGAUCAGUUGUUAUUAUCCUUCUGUAUGAUUCUUGAUUCAAGGAUAAAGGGAUUCUUGAAUUUAGAGUUAAUGAUUAAAAUGAGUGUGCAAAAAAGAUCAGUUGGUUCUUAUCCUUCUAGUAUGGAGCAACUCAUAAUUGAUUUACGGAUCAAAG